UCCUGCCCCAGAUGGCUUACACUGGAAAAGAAGAGCCAGAACUACUUAUCUCUGGUGUAGUUUUUAGUGAAAAGCAAAUGUUUGCGGGAAUUCUAAAGAGUAAGAAAUUAUUUUCAUUUAGGGGAUCAGAGAAUGUCCUCUCAUAUUUAAGACAUUUCAGCAGCUCGAUGGCCUCCCCAAAGAAGAAGCUCCAAGGUCUUGUUGCUGCGACCAUCACGCCGAUGACCGAGCAUGGAGAAAUCAACUUUUCAGUCAUUGGUCGGUAUGUGGACUAUCUUGUAGAGGAACAGGGAGUGAAGAAUGUCUUCGUGAACGGCACGACGGGAGAAGGCCUAUCACUGAGCAUCUCGGAGCGCUGCCGGGUCGCGGAGGAGUGGGUGACGAAGGGGAGGAACAAGUUGGAUCAGAUAGUAAUUCAUGUGGGAGCCUUGAGCUUGAAGGAGUCACAAGAACUGGCCCAACAUGCAGCAGAAAUAGGAGCCGAUGGCAUCGCUGUCAUUGCACCUUUCUUUCUCAAGCCGUGGAACAAAGAUGCCCUGAUUAAUUUCCUGAAAGAGGUGGCUGCCGCCGCCCCUGCAUUACCAUUUUACUACUAUCACAUCCCUGCCUUGACCGGGGUAAAGAUUCGUGCUGAGGAGUUGUUGGAUGGGAUUCAGGAUGAGAUCCCCAGCUUCCAAGGGCUGAAAUUCAGUGACACAGAUCUCUUAGACUUCGGGCAGUGUGUGGAUCAGAAUCGCCAGCGACAGUUUGCUUUCCUUUUUGGGGUGGAUGAGCAACUGUUAAGUGCUCUGGUGAUGGGAGCAACUGGAGCGGUGGGCAGUACCUAUAACUACCUGGGAAAAAAGACAAAGCAGAUGUUGGAGGCUUUUGAACGAAAGGACUUCUCUUCAGCUCUGAGCCAUCAGUUUUGUAUUCAAAGAUUUAUCAACUUCGUGGUCAAACUAGGUUUUGGAGUGUCGCAGACCAAAGCCAUCAUGACCCUUGUCUCUGGGAUUCCAAUGGGCCCACCCCGCCUACCACUACAGAAAGCCUCCAGGGAGUUUACUGAUAAUGCAGAAGCUAAACUGAAAAGCCUAGAUUUCCUUUCUUGUACUGAUUUAAAGGGUGGAGACAUGGAAGCUUGUAGCUAGUGUCUAUCAAAUCAGGGUGUGUACAUUGAAAUAUAGUGUACCUGAAUACUGCAUUUAUUUCUCAAAGCCUUUUUAAACUCAACCUUCCUAGCAAAUGAAAUCUUAUAUCAGUCAACAAGUAUUUAAAUACCUACUAUGAUCUUUUAAAAGUUUUAAUUUGUAAAAGGGCAAAAACUUCAAAAGGAGUCAUAGCCCUAAAUCAUUCAAUAUUUCACAAAAUUUUUGUAGAGAAAGUUUUGCAUAUAUGGAUGAGAUCAAAUCAAGAGGAAAACUGUACUUGAUUAAUUCCAUUUGCCUUCGGGAGUUCCCAUUAUCUUAAUUCCUGGUUCUUAAUUCUAUUUUAAAGUUUUCUAAUUUUAAACCACCACAAUAUACUUUCAUUUUAAUAAAUAUUCAUUUGUAAUCUAGGACAACUCUGAGUGAUUGCAUUUAGGCAGAUAUUCUAACUGUAAUGGCAGAUUAAUACAAUGUAACUCAACUAUGCACAACUAUUAACAUAUCAGUUCACUUGGCUGCUCAGUCUAACCCUAGUAUAUCUGCUUUCAGAUUAAUUACAGUGUCACAAUUUUCCCCAAAAACUUUGGGUUAGGUGAAGACUUGCUUCAGUUACUAUAACUAAAGGGCUAUUUGGGUGGUUUUCACAUAACAAAGGAGAGGCUUUCCCCAAAGAUGAAUUCAUGUCUUUACUUGCUGCUGUAGAGAACUUCUCAAAGCCCAGAGUUUCGAAGAACCAAAGACCUCUCUGCUCUGGGCACCACAACUUCCCCCUUUCCUCACCGGGGACAAAGUGUCCCCCAGCAGUGCGCUGAAUUAUUGGAAGUGAAAACCAGAGUCCCUUCUGCAGUGAGCCCAGCAGCUACUUACUUUCAUUUUCCAGUCGCAUUUUCAAGCAGUCACUUUUCAGUGAUAAAAGGUUUAGGGAGGACCCAAAAAUCUCACUUUAACGUUCCCUACAUACCCUCUUUACUUUUUUCUUUCUCUGGAAUGUAAACUGGCUGCUCAGCCACCUCUGUGACAAACCCAGGUGCGUGAUUUCUAGCAACAAUGUCUAUUGUGAUUUUAAACUUGAUUAUCCCAUCUAGUAACUACCUAGCAUUUUAUUUUGUUUCCUAUCUGAUUAGUCUGCAGAGGAGAAGUGUUUGAAAUUCAUAUCCGUUUACUCUGGUUUUUAAUUUUUAAAAUUAACAAGAAAACUUGUUCAAAAUGAGAAUUCGAAAUGAACAAUGGAUUCAGUUAUCUUUGCUAACCCUUUUUAAAAUUGGUUGGGUAGGUAACAGUUGUUAUAUUUAUAUCUCCUCCCUCCUUUUACUGACUCAAUGGACAUGAAUGUGAGCAAACUCCAGGAUACAGUGGUGGACAGAGGAACCUGGCAUGCUGCAGUCCAUGGGGUCACAAAGCGUCAGAUACGACUUAGUGACUCAACAACAACAAUAGCACUCCUUUUUUGCCCAGGAAUAACACAUACUUUUUUUUUUUUU